AUGCCGCUGGAAUUGGCAAUUGAUGCAAAUUUUUUACCUUUUUUUGUAUCCUUUCCUCCUUCCAGCGGUUCAGGGCCAGGAAGUGCAAUCCAAAAGAUCUCAAUGGACCUAACACUGGAUUUUUGGAUCACUAACAAACUAACGAUUUUAGGAAUAGCAGUAAUAUCUAGAAUAGUAGAGCGUGCACAGCGGCCGCUCUGGUAA